UCUGUACAAUUAUCUCAUGCUGUCAUAAAGUAGUGUACUUUAGUUCCUGAUUAGGUAGUAAUCCUAGACUAAAGUGAACAAAUAAUUCAGAAUAAUCCCCUCUCUCCCCUCUCUCUCUCAAUCUCUCUGGCUACUUUAUUUCCAUUCCCACACCUUUUUGUUUCUUGCAAAAUCUGGUAAACAGCAAAAGCAAAAAAAAUCUGUUUUUGAUUCUGUUACAAACCCAUUUGUUCAAUUUUAGUUUCUUUCGAACCCAGAUAGUCUUAUUCCUUUUUUGCUCUACUUAUACCUAUGAAUCAUAUGUUAUUUUAUUCCCUUUCUCUUGUAUUCUGCGAGAAUUUGUUCUUGGUGUAGUGGAAAGUUUUGAUAUUUUGUGAUUAAGAUUGUUGUCUAGAUUUUUGUUGUUGUGCUUUCUAGUGAAAAAGUGGAUGAUUCUCUGCCUUUUUGAGGUUGACGAAUUAAAGUGUAAGUUGUAAAGAUUUAUACAUCUGUGUAUAAAUACACAUGAUUUGUGAUGAUAUUCUUUGAUUGAUUUUUGCAAAAUUGUGUGUGGGAAAGGUGUAAACAAAGGGUGUUUCUAAUUUUCAAGCUUGUGGGAAUUUUUUGAAUCCAUGGAGUCUGCAAGAGAAGAUAUGCAGGAUCCAAGAGGGGAUGCAAGCUCGAAAUUUACUGUGGAUGAUUAUGCUCCUAAGGCAAGGAAACCAUACACUAUCACGAAGCAGAGGCAAAGCUGGACAGAAGAAGAGCACCAGAAGUUUUUAGAAGCAUUAAAGCUGUAUGGUCGGGCAUGGAAACAUAUUGAAGAGCAUAUCGCUACAAAAACUGCAGUUCAAAUUAGAAGUCAUGCUCAGAAGUUCUUCACUAAGUUGGCCCGUGAGUCGAGUGGCAAUGAAGAGAACUUCGGGAAACCCAUUGAAGUACCUCCUCCUCGUCCAAAAAGAAAACACAUGCAUCCAUAUCCUCGUAACAUAGUUAAAGUAAACAGCGGAACUAGUGUAAUGAUCGAAGACAAUAUAUCUUCUCCAAACUUUCCGAUUCCGGGACAAGAAAACCAGUCACCAGGUUCAGUUUUGUCUGCUCUAGGCUCAGAAAUAACAGGUGCUACAGAUUCUAAUCUGCCGCAUGAUGGCUUAUCGCCAGCUUCUUCCACCGCUGAUGAUCAACUAAGUAAAUUUUAUCCACCUGAAACUCUUCCCUCGGAAGAGCCCAAGUCUAAGAACAGCUUAUCUUCACCUGUUAGUUCGAUUGAUGAAGAGCAAAUCCCCAAGGUCAAAUCGAAAAAAUCGGAGGAAGAUGGUGAUUUUUUGAAAGAUGAUUCCACUGAGGUGGCAUUUACCCAUAGCUUGAAGCUCUUCGGCAAGACUUUAACAGUUACGGGAUCAGCUUCUUCAUAUUCAGAUAAUUACCAACCACGGCGUUGUGAAGAGACUAAUAGAAGAAGUGCGCAAUUAACUUCGUGGAACCUGAUGAUGGGGCCGAUCACGGUUACUGAUGCAGAACAUCCCCAGACAGGAUUAUGUGGAGAGCAAGCAGCACAUUAUUACAUGCAAAUCCAAAAUGAGAACUUAAACACAGUAGCAGUUGGUUCUUCCUCAACUUCUCUUCUAUACCGGAAUUUCUAUGGAGGUGCAUCAUAUCCUUUCUUACCACCACAUAAUGCAGUUCCAGAAAAGAAUCAUAUUCAUUCCGUUAAAACUGAAGAAUUCCAAGAUACAGAAGUUCAGAAGAAUGAGCCGAUGGCUAGAUCAAACACCGGUUCAGGUGAUGCUCCAGCACAUUUGGAGUCGCAGGCUGGUUGCACCAGAGAUAGUGAUAGAAGAUGGAAUGUGGAGACGCAAAGUGGUAAAAAUGAGAGUGCAAGUAGGCUGGAAUUUGUACUUAAGCCAAGUGAUGAAGUAGCUGCACCAGAUCAGAGUAAAGUCAAGGCUAAGUGUUUAAAGGGGUUUGCACCAUAUAAGAGAUGCCUACCUCAAAGCUAAGAGUAAGUGUUCAAAAUUGAGGACUGAACAGUGGAAAAGAAGAGAUUGUGAAAAUGUUUAUAGUGCAUAUAACUUGCUUGCAAUGGUCUUUGACAUGUCGAAUAAAUGAUAGUGUAGGGUGUAAGCAUCGACUGUAAAUCUGUAAUAGUCUCUAGAGCUACAUGACUGGAACAUUGCAAAGCAAUGCUAUCCUCUGGAUGUAGCUUUACUCUAGCAUCCUUCUUUUUCCUUUGUCAAUUGCUAUAGUUGUGCGGAUUUUUCCAUGUAUUCUGAUUUCUGAAUGUGGAGGGUCCUAAAGAAGGCCGUAUUGUUUCUUA